UUUACGUUGCAACUAAAUAUUUGUCUAUUUCGUUUCGGUAUUUCAUAAUUUAUAUUUGAUGAAAACACACAUUACAGCCUAAACUUAUGAGUACUCGAAUGAAGAUAUAUUACAACAGUUUGCGAAAUAUGCUAAUUGAGAACACGCUGGGAUUUCCAAGCCCACACUUCGGCUGAGUUGUCAAGCUUUUACGGUGCUUCUCAGGUUGUCUCCAUGAAUUAUAUCCGGAUAAUAUGAUAACAUGGCUGUUCAACCUGACUCUGGCGGGAAGGAUGAUGUGAAGACACAGUUCGUGACGCGGGAAGGGACCUAUCGCCUGAUGACACUUUCAGAGUAUUCUAGACCCAACCGGGUGGGUUAUACUAGUGGGUCGGGUUCUUCUCACGUGCGCGUGUCACUGGUAUCGCUGCCGCCGGGACCUGGAGGAGGAGCACCCGGCUCCGACGGCCAGGGGUCGGAUGAUCGGAUAUGUUUCAACCAUGGCAAAGAACUUUAUGUUUAUGUGUACAGAGGUGUUAAAAAGGCAGCAGAUCUCACAAAACCAGUAGAUAAGAAGAUGUAUAAAGGCACGAAUCCGACAUGCCAUGAUUUCAACACUGUCACCAUGACAGCAGACAGUGUAUCACUAGUUAUAGGAUUUUCUACCGGCCAAAUACAACUAAUAGACCCUAUUAAGAAGGAAUUAAGUAAAUUGUACAAUGAAGAGAGACUGAUCGACAAAACACGCGUAACUUGUAUCAGGUGGGUACCCGGUUCAAGUAACCUUUUCAUCACGGCACACGCGUCCGGACAAUUAUACGUGUAUAAUGAGGAGCUGUCCUGUGGAACCACGGCGCCGCAUUACCAGCUCUUCAAACAAGGCGAUGGUUAUUCCAUACACACUUGUCGAACAAAGUCCACUAGAAACCCACUAUACAGGUGGGUUAUAGGUGCCGAAGGUAGCUGUAUAAAUGAAUUUGCGUUCUCACCCUGUGGAACUAAUCUGGCUGUAGCAUCACAGGAUGGCUUCUUAAGAGUAUUCCAUUAUGACACCAUGGAGUUGAUCGGCAGAGCGAGAUCUUACUUCGGAGGGUUUUUAUGUGUCUGUUGGUCUCCAGAUGGAAAAUACGUAGUAGUUGGAGGCGAGGACGAUCUAGUUACUGUUUGGUGCUUCAGUGAAAGGAAAGUGGUAGCACGUGGACAAGGCCACAGAUCGUGGGUUUCGGUGGUAGCGUUCGACCCUUACGUGGUGAGUUUCACGGAUCCCGAGAGCGACGAGGGGGUCGAAGAUGAUAGACAAAAAAGUGAGAGUGUUCAGUGUUACAGACUAGGUAGUGUAUCGCAAGACACGCAAUUGUGCUUGUGGGACUUAACGGAGGACGUACUGAGGCCGCCGGUACGAGCGCGGGCGUCAGCCCAUCUCUCGCCUAACAGUCAGACCUUUUCUCCGAACGGUGUACCCGGUAUGAAAGUGCCGGCGAAAGGGGCGAAAUCUAAUAAAAUAGGUCACAAACACGCAGAACUGAGCGGGCAAAAUAAUCCUUCUGGCGAAUCGUCGGGAGCUAAACAACCUGCGAAAACGAAAGUGAAUAACGUGUCUACUUUGAAUAUAAGCGUGGGGAAAGCGAAGGAGGAGAGUUCGGGUUCCCUCGGCGUUAACUCGUUGACGCAGCGGCUAGCGGGGUUUUCCUUCGGAGACCGCCGUUCGGAGCAUAGACGGAACUUCAGUCUGACGAAGCCAGCCGAGCAGAAGUCGUCUGCGUCGAACACGGUCGCACUUAGAGGCAAAUCGGCCGGGGCUCCGACGAAUGACCCAUUCGAUCCGUUGAAGCUGAUAGGCACGGCCUCGUGUCCGAGGUUCGAUGAGUGUCCGGUACUGGAGCCGCUGGUCUGCAAGAAGGUGGCCCACGAGCGAUUGACCGCGCUACUGUUCCGCUCGGAGUACUUCGUGACGGCGUGUGCGGAUGGCUGCGUUAACACGUGGGCGCGACCCGCUCGUUCCCUCAACGGCGAACCGCGCCCUCUCAGACGCUUUGAGAAGAUCGACCUGGUUGACUAGUCUCCUGUUUCAGAUCAUAGAGGAAUAAAUGCAGAGUGACAGCUUUUUAGGCAGUGCUCAUUUUGGGAAGUUGUAGUAGUAAAAAACGAAAAUUGAACAUUGAUUAAUGUUCAUAUUUUUCAUUAUGUUUUGUUAGAUUAAUACAACUUUUCAUAUUGAGCUACUGUCCAAGCUUGCAUUCUGUAUAUGUCCUCUGUGGUCAGGCCGUCUCCCGUGUAACAUGGCGUUGUCUAUUCAAGAAUGUUUCUAUUACGAAAUAUCAUUACAACGAAACUUAAUGAAAGAAACAUAUUUUUAGUGUAAAUUUCAUUGGAUCGGUUUCUUACAGAGCAUUUAGAUUGUAUUGUUUGGUAAAUGCAUCUUGAAUAGACAAAACUUUUAUAUGUUGUAGUUAUUUUUAAAAUAUCAUUAUUUUACCGAAAAGAAGUAUAUAAGUAUAUACUUCUGCCAUUACUAUUGUAUAAGUGUACAUUUUGGGAGUAAAUAAAUUUCUUCAUAUUAAUGAGAUUAAUACUGUUUGUUAGUUAAGGUCCUCAUUUGUACUGAAAAUAUAUUUUAAAAAUAAUUACACACUAAUGUUAUAUUGUUUGGAAGGCCUUGUACGGUAAUAAUACAGAGAUAAUAGAGAAAUAGAGUAAUUGAAAAUAUGAAGUUUUGUGUAAUAAAUUAUUCCAUAUUAGAAAGGUUGUUGGUUUGUGAGUGCAUGUGUGUAUGUGUAUUUAUAAGUCUCUAGACACCUCCUGUGUUUUUAUAUCACGUACAAAUCAGGUAUGAAA